CAACUGUCAGUCAGUUGUGACUUGUGGGACCAUAAUAAACAGAAUGAAAAUUAUUCUAAAUUCUUAAAAAUUAGUUUAUAUUUUAUUAUUUAUUUAUACAAAAGUGUCUGAUUUACGACUUACUAUUUUAAUGUUAGGUCUUACUUUUUAAAUCGCCCAAUCUUCACAAUGCUGAAACGUUUAUCUAUGAACACAUCUCUAAGGGAUGCCAGAAUUUUUGACUCUGAAUUUGAUGACACAACCACGGAUAAGUGUAUAAACCUGAUGGAUGCAUUCUGUGACAAUGCAGAGUUUACCAGAAUUCCUAAAGUUAAGGAAGAACCUACGGAGGAAAAUAACAGUGAUUCUGGAGACAGUUUGUCUGAUUUUCCCCCUCCUGCUCCGAACAUCACCCUUAAGCUAGAACCUUUCGAUGCCGACGACAUUAACUUCAACAUAUCGCAAGAACAGCUGGAAAAGAUCCACGUAAAAGCGGAAUUUGACGACAACACAAACAGCAGCACGAACUCGUCAUCUAAAUUUGGUAAAAGCGAAAAGGCAACCAUUUUUAAGCGCGAGGCGCCUUACGUUAAGCGGGAAGUGGAGCCCAAAGAUUCUUUGAUUGCAACAAACAGUUCGGUGCCCAAAAAACAGAAAAGGGAAUUCGAAAAUGAUACUGCGAUUCUCACCCGUCGACAGAAGCAGAUUAAUUACGGCAAAAAUACAAUCGGUUAUGACAAUUAUGUAAAAAGUGUACCUCGAAUGGAUCGCAAGCCAGACGACCCAACGACUCCUAAUAAGUACGUGAAGUACUCACGACGUGCUUGGGAUGGACUAAUAAAACAGUGGCGGUUAAAGCUACACAAAUAUGACCCUUAGACUAUAAAAUGUUUGAAUUUUAUACAGUAAAUGUUUUUAUAUUUCAGAUAUGUAGUUAUGUUAGUUUAUAUGUUAUGUACAGAUUUUUAUAAUAGUAUUAGCGAUGUAUAACUGGGUAUAUGAGAUUUUGUAAGGAACAAGAUUGUUAUAUUUCGUGCUCUUACAUUUUACUACUUUGACGAAAUGUAUUUAUAACUGGUGAAGGAAUAUACCUGAUCUUUCGUUUUGGAAGAAAUUGGAUUUCAUGUAACAUGGCUGAACUUAACUUAUAUGUACUUUUCAAAAUGACUGAGUAUGAAACCCUGGUUAUUAUUUAGCUCUAGUUAGAUUUGUGUUGAACUCAAGUGUUCAAGCAAAUUUCUAUGUAAAUAAAUUUGAAUAUUUAAAUUAUUUUUAUUUUAACAGAAGUAUUGUGCUGUAAAAUUUCUUUCCUGUUUUGUCAGUCCUACUGUACGUUUAGUAUAUUGCAUUAAAAUUUAAUGAAGGGGCUUAUUUAUGUGGUUUUUAGCCAUUGUUACUGCUGUGAUCUUCCUUAAAGUGGUUGUGGAAUAAAUACUCAUCUAGGUACCUUCAAACCUAUCUCACCUACUACCUACACAGAGAAAACUGAAGUAGGAGUUCUACUCUUGUUCAACCUCUCGCAACCCCAACCAUUAUCCAUUCUGCUCUCUGCUACAAAGCUGUUAAAAACCAACUCAGAUAAAUACCAUAUCAAAUAUCCAUUGGAGCGCCACCAGUGUGCAAGAAAUUGUUUGACCACCACACUUGUUUCCCUCCAUUUGUGAACCUGCAAACACAUCUUUUAACGCUU